CCAAACAACAAAAAUAUAUAUAAAAAAAAAACAAAAACAAAACCAAACAAAACAAAAAAAAAUCUUUAGGAGGAUAAUAACACUUUGGUUUCGACAAAAUGGUUAAGAUGGUUAGAGUAAGUGUUACACCUCCAAGCCACGGCCUCAUAAGCGAAUACGAAAUGAUGGAAAGGCAAAAGAAGUACACCAUACGGUUGCAAGAUAUUGCUGCUGCCUGUUCCAUCUUCAGAAAGUCACUUGAUCUGUUUAGAGACCAGGAGGAAGAACGAACAAAACAAGACCGAUGGGAGCAGUUUAUGCGAUGUGAUGGCCUGCCCAAGGCCAGAUCACCAACCGAGAUCCGAACUUUCCUGGCCAAGCUCCGUCACUUCGAAGAUAUCGAAUUUAAAAAAUCCAUCGAUUGGACUCUGCAAGUUGACGAACGUAGUAUUCUCACCCAAAAUAUUUAUCACAAGGACCAAACGCGCUCGACUCUGGAAAAACAGCUUGCCGAUAAUCCUGGCUCCUAUUUCGAGAAAAAUUUUAAGAACUGUCUGGACCUCUUGGCGCAGAUUGAUGCUCUGAUGGAUAACGAGGUGGAAAUGGACCGCAUAAAUACAAACGUACAAAUUGAUAUUAUGGAGGUUUAUACAGAGAUUCAACGGGAGAUCGAAAACCUUUUCGAUCGUCUUACUUAUCGGAUUUUGGGCAUGCAAAAGGUCUAUAUGAAAUCCACAAAUGGGAUUGUGGCUACGUGGAGCUACUCAAGUGAUCCAUGGUGCAUGGAUAUCUGGGGUCUCUUAAACGUUCCCAUUAUCUUUAAACAAAUGGAAGUCCCAGUUAUGAUGGCCGAAUUUGAGGCCACGGGUGUCCAGGUUCAAAUGCCGCUGAGUGUCCUGUGCGAUUGUCUCACAGUUCGCUGUGUGCACACCACGUUUGACCACCAUUCAGAGGACGCCAAGAGCUUCGAGCCGCCAGUGGUUGAUGCCACCCUAUUUCCCAAUGCUGGAAUUACAGAUAUGACAGAGUCGGUGGUUGGUGAGUGGCUGAUGCAGCAGGACAUACAGGUGGAAACCUUGGAUGCCAUGAACCGCAAACGUGAGGAGUACGAGGAACUAAUGCAGCUCAUUGCCGACCGGACCGAACAGGCUGCCAAGGAGGCAAAGUCCGGUAAGACCGCCGAUGGUGGUAAGCGCUUGAAGAUAGUCAUUCCCAAAACCCCAAAGGCGGUGCCCCUAGUGCCGCAAGGAAUGUAUCCCGAGGUAUACGAAGAGUUUCUCAUUCGUGAGGAGGCUCAGUUCAAAAAUUUUGUGGACAAUUUCUAUCAUCCGAACCAUCUAAACAUGAGAGCCGGGGAGGUAAAUCUUCGGGAGUGUAUUAUUAUUGGUGGAGUCUAUAACGUUACAUUUUUGCGGCGACCUGACCAACAGCAAUUCGAGAAGUUUAACAUUAUUUUGCAUGAGGAUGGACGCGUUUUAAAGGUCAUACCCGAUGUGGUGGCAAAACCUGAAAACGAUUUUCGCAGCUCAGGUGUCACCGAGUUCACUAGAAUGACUUUGAGUAGCACCCCCAUGAAGCUGCAGGAAAAUGAGCUGCCAUUCUUCAUCGUCACCGUGAAACUGCCGAAAGAUCUGUGCAGGUGGGGCAAACCUGAGGUGUGUCAUUACCUAAGGGAGAUGGAGACACCGCCCAAGCCUUUGGAAAGGCGUUCCAUCGCAUCGCCCAAUUUGAUCGAUCCCCAACGAAUAUCAUCUGAAUUAGCCCAGAGAGAAGACAGUUUUGGCAUUCGAUCAACAGUGGGCAAUAUGUUCAAUUCAACUCUCAAAUUAAUCCUAAGGCAUAGUAUCGCCUAUGAAACCAAUCCAAAGAGAGGGUUUCCCAUGAAUAAUUUUCAGCUGGAUAAACCUUUGAAUGCAAUAGAAACAAUGAACCUGAAACAUGUUUGUUUGCCGCGCAUAAUUUCGUCAUUUAAGUUUCCAAGCGAAUUUUCAGCAGAACAACUAAUGUCUGAGGCUCAAAAGACUAAGUCAAACCGCUUGAUAAAAAGGGUUGAACCUGAAAUAGUUGCGGAAGUUGAACGGCCGACGCAAACCUUUGAUUACACUUUGCAGGAAUGCUCCGAAAGGAUGUUUCCCGUUUUUGAAAUAGUAGCUCCUGUGGAUUUCACACCUGCUAAUUUUACGACUACCCUCGAUUCUCCCGACACAUCAACAGCGUUUGGGCUAGUGUCCACAUUGGAUACGAUUAAACAAAAAUAUUUGGAGAAGCCGCUGCAUUUGAUCAAUCAAAUCCAAGUUACGCAUAAGAAGUUCGAGAAAAAGUGGGAAAAAGUACUAGAGGUCAGAGAAAGUACCUUUAGUGUUAAGAGUAGAAUGUCUUCCCAAGAGCUAAGGGACAGAAAAAGUCAAGCUGACAGAAAGAGUUUUGGAGAUGUAAACACGAAAAAGAUUGUUUCAGAUUUAAUGUUUCAAAAGAGUGGCUCAGUUACCAUGGCCGUUGGCGGUGCUCAGGAUCAUAAGAUAACCAGCAGGAGUGGAUCUCUGGCUAAGCGAAGAUCGACGCGAAAGAGUGGAAAACUGGAAGAAAACGCUGUGGAAACGCAUGUACAGGAAGCGCCAAUAUUAUUAAACCACUGGACGAAACGGUACAUAUUCGAAUCUUCAAUGGAUCCCACGACCAACACACUCACCUUCAGAACUGACCGUCUGGGCAUUUUUGGAUUGGCCUUCAAGAGGUAUGAGCACUUUCCAUUCAGUGAUUGGAGUCUGCAGCCUAAUGAGGAAAAUCCAGAUGAAAUUAUUUUCAACCUGGAUACAUUUCAUGUUCGAAUGAUCUUCUACAUCACAUCCAAGGGAGUGCGGGGCUAUGUGACCGAUCUGAACAAGGGUUACACGGCCAAGCCAGUUAAGUACCUUGAGAUUGCGGAGCCCAUCUCCGAUUUUCGGGAAUUACGAAAGUUACUCGUGGAAAGGAAUCUAAACAUUUUCGCGGAGAACGAUGCUAAUUAUUAUAUAACAAAUGGUUAUUUUUCCAUCAAACACAUGGCCACUGAGCUGCACAUCUACAAUACCAUGGCCAUGCAAUGUAAGCAAAUGAAAUUCUACCGAUCUAGUUGGAAUCAACUGGCCCAACGACGUGACAUUAUCAUGAACAUGAAGAUUGCAAAGGACAACUCGGACUAUUCGGAAGUCACAAUGCGUAUCACACCCGAAAAGACAACGUUUGUAAAGAUCUUCGAGAUGUGUUCGGAUGACAUAAAUGUCAUCAAGCUGCGUUACGAAGAAACUUGGCGGAACGUGAACCACUAUAAUGACUUCAGUCAGGCCAUCUAUUCGAUGAACCCUCAUUCCCUGGAGGGCUGUAAUAAAGAAGCAAUGCUUUUUGUCUACAUUAAGAGGCUUUUAAACGAGAUUCGUCCAUUAAGUUUCUCCUAGG